AUGACCACAGUCCACCGCUUAUUGGCAGUUGCAGCUACCAAAAAUUGGAUUAUUCCUCAGCACAACGUCAACAAUGCCUUCUUGCACGACGAUCUUGAUGAAGAAGUCUAUAUGACCCCACCGCCCGGAUAUUGUCCUAAGGGGGAGACUCGCGUAUAUCAUUCUUUAUUCACUCUCACCACUUCCACCAGCAUCGUUCUUGUUCUUCUUUACGUUGAUGACAUCCUGGUUACUAGUAAUGACCUCUCUCAAAUUGAGAUUUUCGAGAAAAUUCUCUCUGCUCAUUUCAAGACAAAGGACCUCAGUUCCCUGAAGUACUUUCUUGGACUCGAAGUUGCUCGCUCUCCCACAGGCAUCUUUCUAAAUCAGCGCAAAUAUGCCCUCGACAUUCUCUCUGACAAUGGACAACUUGGUGCACAGACUGUUCCUUUUCCUAUGGAGCAACAUUUGAAGCUUACAACUCAAGAUGUCAACCUCCUACCUGAUCUUGGCCUUUACCGUCAACUUGUCGGUCGCCUUAUCUAUCUCACCAUCACCAGACUAGACAUUUUUUAUGCCGUCAAUACACUCAGUCAAUUCAUGCAUGCUCCUCGGGUUCCCCACAUGACUGUCGCUACCAGAGCUCUCUGCUACAUCAAAGGCUAUCCCGGCCAAGGUAUCUUCUUUCCUUCAUCCAACAAUACCCAUGUUUCAGCUUAUACAGAUUCUGAUUGGGUCAACUACCCCAUCACCCGCCGCUCCACCACUGGCUACUUUAUUCAGUUAGGCACCAGUCCGAUCUCAUGGCGCACCAAUAAACAAAAUAUAGUUUCUUGCUCUUCUGCUGAAGCUGAAUAUCGAGCAUCGAGCUAUGACCGUCACAACCUGUGA